GUUCAUAUCGUGCAUUCUUAUGACCGAAUCGUUCCGUACGUGGGGCACAAAAGGUUGACGGUGGUGACGACGCCGCCUAAAGUGUUCUCGACGCGUCCGUCGGUUUUGCAACGAGAAUACGACUGGAUCGAACGGAAAGUCCGUCCAAGAGUUGGUUAUUCGGCUACCAAUCGCUACCUCAACUCGGACUCGGCUGUGAGAAUCUAUUACUCCAGCUAUCCAAUCACUUCGAGCUACUACAGCACGUUAAGCCUGCCUAGCAGCACGUACUACCCGAAGAUCUAUCGCUGGUACUACGACUGGCCCAGGACUUACUCCUACUAUUGGCCCAGCGCUUACUACUCAGCGUACUGGCCUUACUACAGGUCGUACCUGAGCAGCUUCUUUAGAAACUACUACUUAAGCUCGCUGCCUUCCCUCUACUACCGAUCGCUGGACUACCAGUUCAGAGAGCUGGAGAACAAAAUUAACAAUCUGAGCAACAUGAUUUACAUAAACUACCCUUAUCGAACCCUCGACUAUUACCCCGAAACGACCAGAAUCUUUCGACCCCUGAGCCUGUACUAUAAUUACUACUAUCCGAUCAGAAGCUUGAACUACUACUCAGAUGUGUGGCCUUAUUAUCCUUACUACAGAUACUUGUACUACAGAUACACUUUGCCGUCUGAUCGCUAUUACCAUCUGAAAACAGAUCUGGCCGUCUAGCUAGUGUAUCAUAUGCAGGAGCAAGAGCGUACGACAGGAGGCCUCAUAUCUAUUUGUACGAUAAUCCCAUGCAGAGCGAUAUUCAACUGUUGAGUUACUACAUCAACAAGUUCAAGCAGGAGAAGGCCUACAGUGGCGAUUCGAGCAAAACCGACGGUAAAAAAAUUGAGAUUGAAGAAAAGCCGGAAAUUACCGAAGUUACUGAUUCUGCACCCGCUUCUGAAUAAUCCCUGUCUCUAUCACCCACUAUUUAUUUAUUUUUACCUCUACUUUCUCUGCCUUUUUACACCUACAGCCUUCGGGCAUUUGGAGCUACUUAACUUGCUGAACACCUCCCAAAUAGCCCCCCUUUCCAGACAAUCUGGCAUUGCUGUAAGGCACCGAAUCUAUUAGGUAUAUCUUUACUAUGUGCACAAAUGUAUUUUUAUAUAAUUUUACUGUUAUCGUUUUGUUAAGGCUUCGACCUAUAUACUGUUAUUGUAUAAAUACGCAACUUAACUGUAUCCGCAAAGCGAAACACCAAAGAAAUCACACGAACGACACAACAUUACAUUUUUCUUUGCCACAAAGAAAACUGUUUCUAUGUAUUUAACUUAAGCAUAUGAAUGUGUUCAAUGGAAGAAUAAACUUAUUUUGAUAAGAAAAA